AUGGUUGGGAGAAACGAAAGUGAUGCUUUAACGGGUAACGAGAUCAGUCUACGUUUCCCGCGUGCCUCACACAACAUUUCGUUGAUUCGAAGUAUCACUCGAUUGUUGAAUACGAUUCUCAACAAGCAAGAUCGAAAUAUUCGCCCGAUGAAUGAUAAAAAAGGUGAACCUCUUCUAGUUGAAGUGGAUAUCAAUGUAAGAAGUAUGGGGCCAAUCUCUGAACAAAAAAUGGAGUUCUCACUGGAUUGCUAUUUUCGUCAGAAAUGGCUUGAUCGUCGGCUAGCGUUUGUGCCAAUCGAUGACAGGGAUGAGAUUCCGCUAUCGAGUCAAAUGCUUAAAGAUAUUUGGGUACCCGAUACCUAUAUUCGAAAUGGUCGUCGCUCCUAUUUGCACACUCUCACUGUGCCGAAUAUUUUAUUUCGAGUCAACUCACAGGGAUUUGUACACGUUUCUCAAAGAUUAACAAUCCGAACUCGAUGCCAGAUGUACUUAGCAAAGUUUCCAAUGGAUUCACAGGCAUGUCCCAUUGAAAUCGGUUCAUUUGGUUAUUUCACAAGUGAUGUGAUCUAUAAAUGGAAAAACGUGGACCUUGAUGAUAAGAUGGGUAAUAUGCUUUCUCAGUACAAGUUGCUCAAUAUUGCGAAAACGCAGAUGAAUCUUUCUGACUAUCGAUAUCCGAAUAAAGAAUCCUCUGUGCUCAAAGUCUACUUCAAAUUGCAAAGGCAACAAGGGUUUUAUAUUUUGCAGAUCUACACGCCAUGUACACUUCUCGUGGUGAUGUCAUGGGUUUCCUUUUGGAUCAACAAAGAGGCCUCGCCAGCAAGAGUGGCUUUGGGGAUCAUGACCGUGCUCUCGAUGUCCACAUUGGGUUUCGGUCUUCGAACCGAUCUCCCAAAAGUCUCUCAUCCGACGGCGCUCGAUAUCUAUAUCAUUGUCUGUUUCGGGUUUGUCUUCGCAGCGUUGGUCGAGUACGCGGUGAUCAACUAUGCGCACGUGUAUUAUAUCCGAAAAAAAGUCAAAGAGUUGCAGGGACUCGAGUCAAAUCGAGCGAUCGAGAAGAUGCGAAUGUUUACAGCUGGAAUAAUGGGUGCACGAAGAGAAACGCUUCAGGAUACACAAAUGGAAGAGCUUUCGGUUCCCGAAGAACGAGAGCCUUGGUACAGAUGCUUUCGGAAAAAGCAAGAAAAUCAUUCAGUUUUCUACCGAAUGGCCGUGAAAGCCGCAAAAGCCAGACGGAAACUUCAAAUGAGCGAUCCAGCCGCCGUUGUGAAUCGAAUCGAUAGUGUAUCAAAGUUGGCCUUUCCCAUAUCCUACAUCGUCUUUAAUUUGGUUUAUUGGAUUGCAUUUCUUCAUUGGAUCCCCGACGAAAUUAAUGAAUUAUUAGAUACUGUAAAAGAA